UUCCGGCCUGAUCGCGCCGCCCGCCUACCUUCUGCCUCUCGUCGCUGUUCCCCUCGACCAGCUCUCUCAUCGCCCUUGAUCUCCACCGUAUAGCUCCCACGAUCGAUGGCAUCAUCCCAGAGGCCGACAGAAAGGAUGGCGUCGAGGUGCACCCCAGUCAUGGCGCGGGCCACGCUCGUAUUCGACAUCGUCGGGUACAGCCUGCAUAAGGGCAUGGGCGCCGGAAAAUUCAUCCGGUCCCCUCGCACCUCCGUUGGCGGGUAUGAAUGGUGCAUCCGCUACUACCCUGACGGAGACGAGGGCGAGGACCAUGUCUCGGUCUACCUUGAGCUUCUUAGCAAGGGUGCUAGGGCAAGGGCGCUCUUCGAUUUGAGGUUGCUCAACCAGGCCACCGGGCUGUCAACGUCGGUGACGUCCUGCUUGAAGUCACCGAGAGUGUUCGAUUCGGUCGACACCAUUAAGAACAAAUAUGCUUGGGGUGUUCAUUCUUUUAAGAAAAAGAGUGAGCUGGAGAACUCACCUUACCUGCGCGAUGACCAUCUUAUAAUUGAGUGUGAUCUCAGUGUGAUCAGCAACGUACCGCUCGUUGUAGAAACCGUGGACAUCCAGGUGCCACCUUCAGACUUGGCAGAUAAUCUCGGAACAUGGCUGGAGACGGGGGAGGAAGCAGACGUGACAUUCAUUGUCAGAGGGGAGAGUUUCCCGGCACAUAAGAUCUUGCUUGCAAUGCGGUCACCGGUCUUCAAGGCAGAGCUCUAUGGACCGAUGGGAAACCGGACGGCGCGCAACAUAACCGUGGAAGAUAUGCAGCCUGCUGUUUUCAAGGAAUUGCUUCGAUUCAUGUACAAAGAUGCAUUGCCUUCUGUGGACAACCUCGAUGAUGACAUGGUUAAGCAUUUACUGGUGGCUGCAGAUCGGUAUGCCAUGGAAAGGAUGAAGAUGAUAUGCGAAGGCAUUCUAUGCAGAAGCCUUCGUGUCGAGACUGCGGCAACCACGCUAGCUCUAGCUGACCAGCAUCAGUGCAGCAGGCUCAAAGAAGCCUGCAUUGAAUUUAUCAUCUCUUCAAAUAGAAUGGCUGCUGUGGUUGCAAGCCAAGGGUAUGCGCACUUGAAAAGAUCAUGCCCUGCUGUCUUAGGAGAUAUCUUGGAGAGUGUAACAAAGUCUCGCACAGUUUAA